UUUGGCCCGCGCCCGUGUCGGAGCCCAGGGAUCCCGGCGCGAGCUCUAGGCGCUCUCCCAGCGCCCGAGCCCGGCCGGGCGGCGAGCACAGCCGCGCACUCCCUCCCGUCCCCUCUCUCUCCCGCCACCUCCCGUUCCAGCCGCGACUCCCCGCCGAGUUGCCCCAGAGACCGCGACGCCGCCGCCGCGCCGAGGGACCAAUGAGAGCCCCGCUGCUGCCGCCGGCGCCCGUGGUGCUGUCGCUCCUGAUCCUGGGCUCAGCCCAUUAUGCUGCCGGUUUGGAUGUCAACGACACCACCUCAGGCAAAGGGGAACCAUUUUCUGGGGACCACAGUGCUGCUGGAUUUGAGGUCACCCCAAGGAAUGGGGUGUCCUCAGGAAGGGAGAUUUCCCCUGUGAGUGAAAUGACUUCUAGUAAGGAACUGUCCUCGGGGAUCGACUAUGAUUAUGCAGAAGAGUAUGAUAACGAACCACAAAUAUCUGGUUAUAUCAUAGAUGAUUCAGUCAGAGUUGAACAGGUAGUUAAGCCCAUGAAAAACAAAACAGAAAGUGAAAAAACUUCAGAUAAACCCAAAAGAAAGAAAGGAGGCAAAAAUGGAAAAAACAGAAAAAACAGAAAGAAGAAAAACCCGUGUGAUGCAGAAUUUCAAAAUUUCUGUAUUCAUGGCGAAUGCAAAUAUAUAGAACACCUGGGAGCAGUAACAUGCAAAUGCCAUCAGGAUUACUUCGGUGAGCGGUGUGGGGAAAAGUCCAUGAAGACCCACAGCACAGUCGACGGUGAUUUAUCAAAAAUCACUUUAGCCGCCAUAGCUGCCUUUGUGUCUGCCGUGAGCUUCACAGCCAUUGCUGCUGUUAUUACAAUCCAGCUUCGAAAACGAUACUUCAGGGAAUAUGAAGGAGAAGCUGAAGAACGAAAGAAACUUCGACAAGAAAAUGGAAAUGCACAUGCCAUAGCAUAGCUGAAGGGUAUCGGAUCGGAGUCACUGCCAAGUCACAACCACAAGUGACGAGUUGGUUCCUCUUUUCAGUGGAUUAUAAGAAAACAGAACCUUUUCGUUCUGAUGGUUUUAAACUUUGAAUUGUCGCUUUUUAUGCUAAGUCUUAUUUCUGUACAUAAAGAUGCAUGGAGAUAAAAAGUAUUUUUUCAAGUUGUAAAUAAUUUAUUUAAUAUU